AUGAAUUCCGUCCCAAUCCUACUGGCAAUUAUUCUCGCUUUUGCGUCCAUCGUCUCCUCCCGAUCGUUCUUCUACGGGGCACUCAAAGACGAUGGAUCACCGGCAAAGGCUCAAAAAUUUCUGAAUCAACUGCAUUCUUCAUUCUUAUCUGGAAAUAGAGAAAGGAUCGCGGAGCAUUUCGCAGAUGAUGCGAAUUUCGAGACUUGUGGUGGCUUGGUUUUGAAUAAACUCGCCGCACUAGAAUACUUUGUUGCGAAAGGUUCGAAUGUUUCUAUGAAACCCACUGUUUCAACUAAAGAUCACGCCCGUACAUAUAACUAUUCUGGAGAAUCUUAUAUCGUUUCAUGUAUCAGCUCAGCGUUGCUUGUCAAUGGAAUGGGGAAACCGUUUAUGGCAUGGGCCACUUUGUAUUGGACUAAGAGUGGAGAAUAUGUGUUUGAUGGAUUUUCCUCAAUAAACUGUGAAUAUGAAAGACCUUCCGAAAAUUUUGGGGAUGGAUCGAUGAGUGUGACCUACGACUUCUUGGACUCUUUCAAAGAGGCUAUGAAGGAUCGAACGAAUAGAGGUGGAAUUCGUCGUUUCUUUUCUAAAAAUGUUCAUUUUAGCAGAGACAGCUGUAAUGACACUAACCAAGAUGACGUGGUCACCAUAGUAGAGAAUUUCUACCCCAUUGGUGGCAUUUUUUUCUCAAUUACACUUGAAAGCAGUCGAUAUGUUGAUGAGUCGAAAGAACGCAUUGAGUUCUCCGGAAGGUUCCACAAUGUGGACCCACUUCGUUACAAAGAAGAAGCCAUCCAGAUUCAAAAAGAAGAUGGGAUGUUUAAGUUUGUCGGUCGCAAAGAGUACCAGUGUAAUUGA